CAGAGAUUGAAGGAUCAGUAAAACCAUCUGUCUUUGUUGUGGAAGGGACAUUCUCACGGAAAACAGAAGGGUCGAUCAAUGGAUCCUUGGUCGCUAUUAUAAUAGCACUCAGUGUCAGUGUAAUCAUCUUUAUUGGAUUGUGUUGUUUCUUGCGAAUAAAAUGCAAGCCCAUGAAGGAAAAUCCUGAGAGACACCAAGACAGGAGAGGAAUAACAGCUUAUUCAUUUACACCAGAAAUGGAUCUCGCGUCUGAAGCGGCCCAAGGUACUGUCGAAGAAAGAACUUCCGUUUUAUCAUCAGAAACACAUUUUGGUAUAGAAGAUACUUCGUUCACGGCAGAACAACGAGAGACAUCGAUACGAAACACAGAAAGCAUCUACAAGAAGCCAAGAGCAUCGCAAUGUUUGUUGUUGGCAACAUUUAAACCUGAAAUGAACCCUACAGCUCUUGAAACUAAACCAUACGAGUUACCAACAGGGCCUAAAACAUUUAAUUCUUCCGAGGAAUGUGAAAGGAGUAAUGGUUCAUCUCCAAGAACUUGUCUUUCUGAACAUAACCUUCAACCUUCAGCCGGUUUUGAAAACACAGAGAGUGGCAGAUUCAGCCACGGAGAGACCCAGGUGAUGUGCUCAACACGCCCCCGGCCUAAGCCUAGGAAAAAAUUCAAUAGAAAAGCACCAGGAACAUUACCUGUGGAAUGUCUGCGAAGCAACCCUUUGUGUGAUGAAGCAGGAGUUGAACACUGCGCACGCGCCAAAGUAUCAGAUCAAAUAGAUAUUGACGGCUCCACUCCUCAAACUUUCCGCGAAAAAACGUCCUAUCAAAAUGCAAGCUUGCCAAAAGCCCUUUGCAAGAACGCAGCAUAUCAAAAUUCAUCUCAGCUGCUAACAGCAGUUCAGGUGGAGUCACCAUAUACCCUCGUGUUCAGCAACAAAAAAUGGGAAGUUCCAAGUGAUCAUUUGUCACUGAUUGAGCGAAUUGGCGGUGGCACAUUUGGUGAAGUGUGGAAGGGUAGAGGACUGGAUGUUUGUGGUACUCAAGGCUGGUCUUUUGUCGCUGUUAAAAUGCUGAAGGAAAACUUCUCAAAGUCAGACCUGACGGAUUUGUUGUCUGAGCUGGACUUGCUGAAGAAACUGAAACCUCAUCCUAACGUGAUUCAACUUUUGGGCUGUUUAACCAAGGAUGUUAUUCGAUGUGAAGGAAGGCGCACGUUCAAACCACCCUUCGUUAUUCUGGAGUUUGUCCCUCACGGAGAUCUUCUUGGGUUUUUGAAAAGAAGUAGAGGGGAGACAGAUGAUUAUUAUGAUUUGAAAAGGAAAGAAAUUCCAAGAAAAAUAUCCAUACAACAACUUUAUAAAUUCACGUCUGAUAUCGCGCGAGGAAUGGAAUUCAUUUCAGCUCAUCAGCUCAUUCACCGAGACUUAGCAGCGAGAAACGUUUUAGUUGGAGAGGGUCUACGCUGUAAAAUUACUGAUUUUGGAAUGGCGAGAGACCUGGGAAGAGGUGAAAUAUAUGUCAGGAGGUCUAAUGGAGUUGUGCCGGUAAAGUGGAUGGCAGUCGAGUCCUUGACAAAACAAGUUUUUACCAUAAAAAGUGACGUGUGGAGUUACGGUAUUGUUCUGUACGAGAUUUUUACCCUCGGUGGAAACCCUUAUGAAGGAAUGUCGGGAGAAGAAGUCUUCCAGUACGUUGCAAAUGGUCACAGGUUACGAAGGACCUCAAAAGUCAGCCUAGAAUUAUAUGACCUGAUGUUGCAAUGUUGGCAGGAGGACCCUUUCAGGCGUCCAACAUUUGGCGCGAUCGCAUCUUGGACCGAAACUCUUGCUUAAUACCCUGAAAGAUGUGAUGAUGUGUACUGAUAGGUGCGAUUCGUAAAAUGAUAUAUGACUGUAGUUCAGAACUCGAUCUAUAAUCCCAGGCAAAAAAGUAGACCAAUGAAAUCGUGUCGGAUAAUGGCGGAUACACAAAGUGCUACUUGAAUUCCUCACAUCGACGCCUUUCCCUUGAAUAGUGCAGAGAUGACUACAACUGACCGGGAGCCUUCUUUUCGCAUCCGCUAGACUACCGAGAUCGAGUAGGUCUGUAUGACUAUAGAGAGUAAUUCAGAAAGUAACCAAGAGUGAGACAGAGAGUAACCAAGAGAAAAAUUGCAGUAGAAAGUAAUAAAGAAGCAAAAAAAUUUCAGGUAACAUAAGGAGGAAUAACAACGUGAGUCUAUAAACCAGUCUUGGUAGGGCAAUGUCCAUGAUGAGCUCGACAAGGAUAACAUCAGCCUACGAGAAGCAAAAAAAAACAGCGAAAAACAGCGUCCAGCGGAGAUCCAUAGUUGACGCUCUAUGCUCCCCAGUAAGAGCGAACAUGGCCCAAUCUAUACCUGAUUUACACUAGAAUAAGAAGUAGUGAAAACCGUCUCUUCCAGGAGAACACCACUCAUGUGAAACGCUAAAAUUUCAGCUGAAAAUAAGCUAAAAUACAGCGAUAUAAUGGAAUGUCUACCACAUAAUCAGAAACAUAUCUCGAACAUAGAGAGAUUUGUUUUUUAUGUGGGUCUUCUUCAUAAUUCAAAAUUACUUAAGCGAAGAAUUCACAAGCAAGCCUUAUUCCUCGAUCACGCGUCGUGCAGUCAAAAUGUUGCGAUCUCCACUGUAAAAAGGGACCGAGAAAGCGUGUCCGUCAUAUUUAGAGAGGUUCAAUUAGACUAGUACUUCAAUUGUGAGUUGUAGUGGAACGAAAGGGCAUUAUUUGAAAUGUGGAAAUGGCUCAAAGUUUCAUUCAAGGAUUAAACAAACGACGCGUAUCAAUGAA